AUGUCGAGCACACCAGCGAUCCAUCGCGAGAACGGCACGCUGUACAUUGAGGGUGUGUCGUGCUCCGCCCUCGCGAAGCAGUACGGCACGCCGCUGUACGUCUACUCGCGCCGCGCACUCACAGAGGCUUACAACGCGUACGCGUCCUCGGGAGCCAAGGUGCACGUCGCCGUGAAGGCGAACAGCAAUCUCGGCGUUCUAUCCCUCUUUGCGCGCCUCGGGGCCGGCUUCGACAUUGUCACGGGCGGCGAGCUGGCGCGCGUCCUCGCUGCUGGUGGGAAGGCAUCCAAUGUUGUCUUCUCCGGCGUGGGCAAGAGUGCGGACGAGAUGCGGUAUGCUCUGAGGGAGGGGGUCAAGUGCUUCAACGUCGAGAGCGCGCCCGAGCUCGAGCGUCUGAACGACGUCGCGGGCGAGAUGGGCCUGAAGGCGCCCGUAUCGCUGCGUGUCAACCCCGACGUCGACCCCAAGACGCAUCCCUACAUCAGCACGGGUCUGAAGGGGAACAAGUUUGGCGUGGCCUUCUCCGACGCGCUGGGGACAUACAAGCGCGCCCAGGAGAUGCCCCACGUCCAAGUGAGCGGGAUCGACUGCCACAUCGGCAGCCAGAUCACGGACAUUGCUCCCUACCUCGAUGCGCUGGACCGUGUCCUCGACCUCGUGGCCAAGCUCAAGGCCGAAGGCGUCCCGAUCGCGCACAUCGACGUCGGCGGCGGUCUGGGCAUCGACUACGGCAACGGAGACGCGCCGCCCAAGACGGAACAGUUCGUGUCCACCAUCAUCUCGAGGAUUCAUGAGCAGGAACCCACCGCCGAGGUCUGGUUUGAGCCCGGCCGCAGCUUGCUCGGCAACGCGGGCGUGCUGCUCACAACCGUCGAGUACCUGAAGCCUGGGGAGGAGAAGAACUUUUGCAUCGUCGACGCGGGCAUGAACGAUCUCGCCAGGCCGAGCAUGUAUGAUGCCUUCCACGACAUUGUCCCUGUCGUCGAGACGGCCGAGAGGGGCGAGGACGCUGCCUCCACGAAUGGGGUGGAUGGAGGCGCGACGACAUGGGAGAUCGUGGGGCCCGUGUGCGAGAGCGGCGACUGGCUCGGACACGAUCGUGCCCUCGCCGUGCAGCCCGGCGACGUGCUCGCCAUUCUAUCGGCUGGCGCUUACGGGUUCACGAUGGCGAGCAACUACAACACGCGCCCGCGGCCUGCUGAACUCGUCGUCGAUGGCGAGACGGUGCACGUUGUGCGCGAGAGAGAGACGGUGCAGUCGCUCUUUGCUGGCGAGCACCUGAUCUAG